AUGCCCCAGGUGUCAUCCUUGAGGGGGCUGACAAAAUGGCACACCGUGGGAGUCGGCACUUACCACAGGGCCUGGCCUGCAGCGCGCCCAAUCCACGGGUCUCUCCUGGGAGCGACGCUGUGGCCUGGGGCCCCGCGCUGCCCGAAAUGGCAGCAUGGGGCUUGCAUCCGCCAUUGCGGCGCCCUCAUAUGCAAAUUGCCACGGCACCCCCGCGUGGCGCAUCCGUGGGCAGCUCGCCCCACCCCCACCGCUCCUGGUGCCGAAGCGGCUAGCUACGCCCUGGCCCUAUACUUGGUCACAUAUGACUUGCUCGUUGGGCUGGAGAUUCACAGAAUCAUCGUUCCCCGUGUUGUUCCAGGGUAUCUGGGUUCCAACCCCACCUGCCCCUUUUAA